AUGAGCAACAUGUUCGCCAGAGUCUGCACGGAGCCAGUGAAUCCCUGCCUGGGAAUAAGGCGAUUUUUGUGUGGCUCGUCUAGCUCUCUGCGGGCGGCGUGCUUGCACAAGCGGUCUGCGUUGCGCGUCAGCGGCGAAGAUGCAGGGAAAUUUCUUCAGGGGCUCGUCACUCAAGACGUGUUGGGCUCCGUCCACCCGGUGUCAGCUGUCCAGUAUGCACACAUUCUGAACGCGAAAGGCCGCACAAAGUAUGACAUCAUGAUCUACCCGGAGCUACAGUCGACCGGAGCCAGCACCACGGAUUAUCUCGUUGAGGCGGAUAGGCUCAUCCUGGCCGACUUGCACACUAUGCUAAAGCUGUAUCGCAUGAGGGCCAAGGUAGAUUUCAGCUCUACUGAUGGUGACUGGAAGAUAUGGGUAGUUCAGGGCGACGUGAGCAGCAGCAUCAGCGUGCCCGCAGGCGGCCGCUUUGGACCUGAUCCCCGGCUGAGCGGCUUCCAUCGGCUUGCAUUGCCCGGGGACGAGGUGCCGCCAGGUGAGAUCGGCGUGCACGACAGUGUGGCAGACGAGUACCUGCUCGCUCGCUGGAGACACGGCGCGUGCGAGGGCGUCGAGGAGCUGGAGCCGGGCGAGGCACUGCCGCUGGAGCACAACCUGGACCUGAACAACGGUGUGUGCUUCAAGAAGGGCUGCUACGUCGGGCAGGAGCUGACGGCGCGCACACACUUCACCGGUGUGGUGCGCAAGCGCGCGCUGCCCGUACGCCUGCUGAGCGGCAGCGGCGGUGACUUCUCCCCAGGGCUUGCGCUAGCAAGCCGUGUGAGAGCUGACGGCGAGAGCGAGAACAGCGGCAGCGGCCCGGGACAGCUCAAGCGUGCCGGCAAGCUGCGUGCCUGGUUCGGCGAGCGUGGCAUUGCGGUGGUGCCGGUGGAGUUGGCGCGCACGCCGUCAUCCACCGUGCUGUGUGCGAAGAGCGACGCCAACGAGUCAACCCUCGCCAUCGGAGAGCUGAGUCCGGCACUGGAGAAAGCCGCCGGCUAGCCUGGCACGCACUCACACAGACAUGACGGUGUGAAAUCUAUACACCCAGAACUCAUGUUUUGCUCGCGGUGGUGCCGGCUGAGUCGAAGCUUCUCCGUCCCGGAAGGAAACACGGUGCUGUACAGUGUGUGAUUGCUAGCCGCUGUUGAGCAGCUUACACACAUCCAGAUACUUUGCUAACCAUCAGAAAGUCCACAAUGGGAUUCCCGGUACCCAGUGAAACGACAUUUGGACGGGAUCAGUGCAUUGGCUUAUCGGCCCUAUGGAGGAUGAUGGUACCCUGUGCCUUGUUCCUAAGCUCCUUUGCUUAGUCAAUAGUGUGUGACAAUUCAGCAUAUCUGUGUGUGAAACCGGUAACCGGUAGCUUGACACAGCAGAGCACGGCUAGCCGCUGGAGGAACCAACCCGUCACGCAUCCAGUGUGCUGCUCACUGGGUGGAUGGACAUGCAAUAGUGUUUAAAUCGCAGCAUUCACUGUUGGACAUGCUCAGAGCUGUGUUCACAGUGCAGCAUUCGCUGUGCUCGCAUGAUGAGUCAUGCCACGACUGUGCGUACAUGCGGUGUGGUUACAUGAUGAACCGUGUCACGACAUGUACAUAGAUGCGGUGUGGUCCCAGCGGGCAUGCCGUGUGACAGUGCGGGCACCACUCGUGUCCAUGGACUCCUUGUGUCAACUUCACACGCUGCACAUGGAUCAGCUUCGAUAAUAUAUACCCAGCCACUAAUCACUAACACAGGGCAGCCCGUCGUACUAGGGCUGCUUCCGUGACAGCACCAUGGUGCAUUUAUGAUAGCUUCUAUAACUUCAGAAAGGUUAGCCUUAGAGCAAGGCCAAGCUGGGAGAAGUCCACGCCUACUAUGCGGAGGUCAGCGUGUGAUAUCCUAGUUCUGGCAAUGCAAUGGCGUACUCUAAUCAGUGGUCACCCUGGUGAUCAUCACCUUGUUCAGUUGCUUUCUGCUUCAAAUCUCAACCUUUUCUCAUACCAGUAAUUUGACUAUUCGCUUGAGGUCUUCAUGACAGUUUGUUUACGAAUGCAUGUGGUGGCCAUGACAGGAGAACGUUCUUAGCACAGAGAAUUUAGAUGCCAA